AUGACUUCCUCAAACUCCUCCGCCGUCAGAUCGUCGGCGAAACACGCGGCGGAGCGUAUCCAGCAGCACUUGCCUCCCAGCAAUCCCGCUUCUCUCUCUUCCUCUUCCUUGAAUUUACCCGCUCGAACCUCUCUCAUCGCUCCCGGAGGAGCUCCGAUUAGCCACUCUUCUCGCCCUAAAGAUCGACCUUCCUCCUCAGCCUCCUCCGCCUCCGUCUCCGCCUCUUCUCCUUCUACCCGCCGCUCCGGCACUCCCGUCCGCCGAUCCCAGUCUAAAGACUUCGACGACGACAAUGAUCCUGGGAGGGUGAGAGUUUCUGUAAGAGUUCGACCUCGAAACGGAGAAGAGCUUAAAUCUGAUGCUGACUUUGCUGAUCUUGUUGAGUUACAACCUGAGAUAAAGCGGCUUAAGUUGAGGAAGAACAACUGGAACUCUGAGUCCUAUAAAUUUGACGAAGUUUUUACAGACACAGCUUCUCAGAAGCGUGUCUAUGAAGGAGUAGCAAAACCUGUAGUUGAGGGUGUUUUGAAUGGAUACAAUGGUACUAUUAUGGCUUACGGCCAAACUGGCACUGGUAAAACUUAUACGGUAGGAAAAAUCGGUAAAGAUGAUGCAGCCGAGCGUGGUAUUAUGGUUAGAGCUCUAGAGGAUAUACUUGUCAGCUCAACUUCUGCUUCUGUUUCCGUGGAGAUCUCUUAUUUGCAGCUUUACAUGGAAACUAUACAAGAUCUUCUUGCACCUGAGAAAAUCAACAUUUCAAUCAAUGAGGAUGCGAAGACUGGGGAAGUAUCAGUACCAGGCGCGACCGUGGUUAACGUUCAAGAUCUAGACCAUUUCUUGCAGGUUUUGCAAGUCGGUGAGACCCCAGUCAAAUGA